AUGGGUGCAGCCCGUGUGAAGCGACGCUUCAGCGCCGUGGUGGACAGCCCAUUGGACGAGGAGGAAGUGAUGAAACUGGCGCAAAGCGCUGAGACCGCCCACAUGGGAGGAGCAAGCACCGGAGGGGUGUCACCCUCCUACAGCUCCUCCCCUGUCCACAACGGUCAAGCGCUCGCCCUGCGUGGCGACAGAGAAGGAGGACAACGGAUGACGGGAGCGAGGGAUGAAGAGGAGGAAGAAGAGGAAGCAGGAGGAGGAGGAGGAGGAAGAGGAGAAAGGAGAGGAAGGCAGGGUUUGGGGUUCAGGGGUCCAGGCGGAGGUUCGGACCGCGGCGCGACCCCUUCGCCCCGCACCUCGCCCCCCGGCAACCGUCGCCGAGGCCGGCCCCGGAACCGCUUUGUGGGCAAGGACGGGCGCUGCAACGUCACCUUCGUCAACAUGAGCGAGAGGGGCCAGCGUUACCUCACCGACCUCUUCACCACCUGCGUGGACAUACGCUGGCGCUGGAUGCUAGUGGUCUUCUCCCUCUCUUUCCUCCUCUCCUGGCUCCUCUUCGGCUUCACGUUCUGGCUCAUCGCCUCCACGCACGGAGAUCUGGCUCCUCCUCCUCUUCUGUCUUCGUCCUCCUCCUCUUCGUCCUCCUCCUCCUCCUCCGCCGAGGUUCCGGCCGAGGGGGAGCGCUGUUUCCAGCAGGUGAACAGUUUCAUGGCGGCCUUCCUGUUCUCGCUGGAGACCCAGACGUCUAUCGGAUACGGCUUCCGGAGCGUGACCGAGGCCUGCCCCCUGGCGGUGUUUGCCGUCGUGCUGCAGUGCAUCGUGGGCUGCAUCAUCGACGCGUUCAUCAUCGGGGCGGUCAUGGCUAAGAUCGCCAAGCCCAAAAAGCGCAACGAGACCCUGGUGUUCUCGGACGUGGCGGUGGUUGCCAUGAGAGACGGAAAACUCUGCAUGAUGUGGAGGGUGGGAAACCUGAGAAAGAGCCACCUGGUGGAAGCCCAUGUACGAGCACAGCUACUGAAGCCCCGCCUCACCCCCGAGGGCGAGUACCUGCCGUUGGACCACAUGGACAUCAACGUGGGUUUCGACACGGGCGCCGACCGCAUCUUCCUCGUGUCGCCCGUCACCAUCGUGCACGAGAUCGACGAGGAGAGCCCGUUUUUCGAGAUGGACCGGCGGACGCUGGAGAACGACGCGGACAUGGAGGUGGUUGUGAUCCUGGAGGGGAUGGUGGAGGCCACGGCCAUGACCACCCAGUGUCGCUCCUCCUUCCUCUCCUCCGAAAUCCUCUGGGGCCAUCGCUUCGAACCUGUGCUCUUCGAAAGAAAGAACUGCUACCAGGUGGACUACUCGUUCUUUAACAGGACGUAUGAGAUUCCCGACACGCCCUGCUGUAGCGCUAAGGAGCUGGCGGAGAGGAAGUACAUCCUGGGCUCCCGUUCUUCUUUCUGCUAUGAGAACGAGGUGGCCCUGCAGCUCUCCUCUUCUCCUCCUCCGUCCCCCACUCCUCCUCCUCCCGUACCCCCUCCUCGCCGGGCCUCACGCACGCAACACCCCCACACUCACUGA